UUGUGCUUCGGAGCUAGGUCUUUCCACAUAACCAGAGACCCCCCAAACGCGCGGAACUCACCGACCUUUCGACGCCCAGAAACGACGGUGGUGGUGGUGGUGGCGGCGCCGCCAGAUGCUGAGACCGCGUCUCAGAUCAUUCGUUCCUUCUUCCACCGCAGACAAUGGUUGCUAGGACCACGUUAGUCAUUGAAAUCCAAUCGUCGCCAUGUCAAGACUUUUGACAAUUGGUAAAAUUAGGAAAAUUGCAAAUUCCAUUCGCACAAACCACAGUUGCAAAUAUUCAGAAGGAAGGAAGCAUGGGGCAGUUGCUACAGUCAAGACACAUAGAUUGCAAUACAAGUCAGACUCUCAAUAUUUUUUUCCUACUAGAGGAUAUGCUUCAUUCACAACAUUCAGAAUCACAGACAAUUUUAGCAGGAGAACUUUCUCCAGGAGUUCUUAUGUUAUCUCUGCAAGUAAAACAGUGGCACAUCAUGCCUAUGUUGCUUGGAGGAGAAUUUUUCUGAUGCCUUAUAACAAUUUCCGAUCUUUCUCUUACAUAACUAGAAUUGCUCAAGCAGUUAGUUUGGCCUUGAGUCGCUCUUAUGUGGUUGUUCCAGGAGUAUGUGCCUUGACAUGUGGUAAUGCGGCAUUAGCACAAUCACAUCCUGACACAAAUUUCUUACACUCGAGGAAUACGUUGUACAUGCAUGCACAAGAUGGACAUGCUCUUAUAACGUCACUGGUUUCUGCAGUGUUUGAAGGAGUGAUCUUGUUGCUAAGAGCAUUUUACUUGACAAUUUUGUUCUCUCCCUGCAUAGUAAUGGCUCCGUUCGCUGAUUCUUUUGGACUUCAGUAUAGGAAAGCAUGGCUUCAGUUAGUUCGUCAUACACUUGAACAGGCAGGCCCUGCAUUCAUAAAAUGGGGCCAGUGGGCAGCUACUCGACCAGAUCUAUUCCCAAGGGAUUUGUGCUCUGAACUGUCAGAGCUUCACACAAAAGCUCCUGAACACAGCUUUGCAUACACAAAAAAGACUAUUGAAAAAGCUUUUGGCCGUAAGCUUUCUGAAAUUUUUGAUAAUUUUGAGGAGGCACCUGUAGCAUCUGGAAGUAUUGCUCAAGUUCACAGAGCUUCUUUGAAGUACAGAUACGAAGGUCGACGGAUCAAGCCUAUUGUUGUUGCAGUAAAAGUCAGGCAUCCUGGUGUUGGUGAAUCUAUUAGAAGAGAUUUUGAGAUAAUAAAUAUAGUAGCAAAAUGUUCUAAGUUCAUUCCUACUCUGAAAUGGUUAAGAUUGGAUGAAAGUGUCCAGCAGUUUGCAGUUUUUAUGAUGUCUCAAGUUGACCUUGCAAGGGAAGCUGCUCAUCUCAGCCGCUUUAUUUAUAAUUUUCGUCGAUGGAGGGAUGUUUCUUUUCCAAAGCCUGUUUAUCCACUUGUGCAUCCUGCUGUUUUGGUUGAAACUUUUGAGCAAGGGGAAAGUGUGUCGCACUAUGUUGAUGAGCUCGAAGGACAUGCUAGGAUUAAAAGUGCACUUGCACACAUUGGGACUCAUGCACUUCUAAAGAUGCUUCUGGUGGACAACUUUAUUCAUGCAGACAUGCAUCCUGGAAAUAUCCUUGUUCGGGUAGCUCAGAGCAAGUCUUCUCGGAAACGACUCUUUAAAUCUAAGCCUCAUGUCAUCUUCCUUGAUGUAGGCAUGACUGCUGAACUUUCUAAGGGUGACCGUCUAAAUUUGUUGGAAUUCUUUAAGGCUGUUGCCCGCAGAGAUGGCCGCACAGCAGCAGAGCGUGCACUCAAAUUAUCUAAGCAACAGAACUGCCCUAAUCCUGAGGAUUUUAUUAAGGAAGUAACAGAGUCAUUUGAUUUCUGGGGUACUCCAGAAGGUGAUUUGGUGCAUCCUGCUGAGUGCAUGCAGCAACUCCUUGAGAAAGUUAGACGUCAUAAAGUAAAUAUUGACGGCAAUGUCUGUACUGUGAUGGUUACAACCUUGGUUCUUGAGGGUUGGCAGCGGAAGCUCGAUCCGGACUACGAUGUGAUGCAUACUCUACAAACAUUGCUUCUCAAGGCUGAUUGGGCUAAGUCACUCUCGUAUACAAUUGAAGGACUGAUGGCUCCAUAACAAAGUUUCUGUCAAUGCUGUUCUACAAUACAAUUUUGGCACUUUCAAACAUCAACUGGAUAGCAGUCCCGAGGAAUAUAUUCCACGGUCUUACUGCUUGUUCCUUUUGUUUUUCAGCUGGCUCUGGCUUGCCAUUUUAUUUAGCAAGGAAAAGUUUUGUAUAUGUCAUUUUCCUUCCAAAACUUAAUUCUUCAUUCGAGACUUUUCAAAAACAUCGAGUGGCAACACAAGAAAGAAAUAAAGUGAAAUUCUUUCCUUCAA